CACCGGGUCCUGGCCAGAGAUUCUCCACCAGCGAUUGCCGAAAGAACACUCACAGAGGAGAGGUCUGUAUCAUGCUGCUUUGUUUUACUCUGUAUAACAGAGCAAUACAAAGCAGCAUGCUUACACAGUAAAACACACACAGCACACAUAGUAAAACAGCACACAGUUAACCCUUUGAUCGCCCCAGAUGUUAAUCCCUUCAUGCCCAGUGUCAUUAAUACAGUGUCAGUGCUUUUUAUUAGCACUGAUCACUGUAUUAGUGUCAGUGGGGAUGUCAGUGACAGUUCCCAACCAGUGUCAGAAUGCCCACCACAGUCCCGCUAU